AUGAAUCUGUUGUCGAAACAUUGCAUAGCUGCCUCUGUUUUGGCUGGGUGCCUGGUGAGUGGAAUAGUUAUCGACCUACAAUCAGAUGUUCUACCUGAUGGUGUGGAGGUCUUCUACGGAACCUUCCCGAAUGGCGGCAUAUACAGAUUCAUACGAGGCACUGAUGAAAUGAUAACGGCGUUACAUUAUGAUUGUUAUUAUUCUUACCGUUUCUCGAAGAUGAUAGAGAAUUUGGUCUACUCUCAUGUGGAGGAUUUUCGUCGCGGUGAGGAGCGUUAUGUACGCCAUCAUGUAGCGAGAAAAUCUGGCGGGCGCCAUAUACAACGUAGCACAACUGAACAAUGUGGGAAAUAUGGAUUUAUGUACAGAAGUACGUUUGAUUUGGUAACUUUUAUUGGCGGCGUGUUGUUGCUAAUAGUUGAUGCGAGAGUGGGAUUGCCUCAACAUCCUUUGGUAUUUGCCUUUCGUAAACGUUGCUCUAGUGGUUUAGUUAAGUACAAAACGAAAAGCAAUUUCGUCAUAACUAAUGGUUUAACUGUUGAUAUACGUCUAAAGAUAUACAAAUUGGGGGAAAUACAUGUAUCACAUAUUAAUGAUAUUUCACUUGGAUGUAUAUCUAGAUUUCGCAUAAGAUGUGAUUAUAUCAACACGUAUAUGGAUGGCGUAUUCUUUCAUAUUAGCACAGACACAAUAGAUGUCCAGGUUGAUGUGACUGAUAUACUGGAAAGGAAUGUAUCCGAUGCAUGUAUUACGUCCCCGACGUCGAGCGGUUCUGUGUGUUUUAAGGGAUCUGAAGGCGGCACUGCAUCAUUCGACUUGUCAUCGCAGGAAGUGUCGGAUGCAAAUGGCCUGAUAGAAGUAAAUGAGGCUACACCUGGUGCAGCGCAUAUGGCUACGCGUUCGAUUUACGUGUUGGUACCAACGCAACUCGGUUAUGAACCUCGUUUUGAAGAGUACGCCACGUACGACCCAUCAAGCAACACUGUUACGUACGACAUAGACUUCCUGACUACGCAUUAUGCGCCACAAUGCGAAGGUAAGACACGCACAACUAUUUGGAUGAGGGCAGUGCGUGCCGUCGUACGGUCAGACAGCACUUGUGUGUUCUUCUGCGCUGCCAGUACGGAUGCGCCAAUUGAUUCUCGUGAUGACGCCCAACCCACCGAAUCUGUGUCAACAAGCACUGAUGAUGCAAAUGACUUAGUCGAUAUGGACAAUUUCAUCGAACAGAUGAUGCUGCCUGGAAUGGAUACCAUAAGUGAUCUCCUGAACGCAUCGGGUAUUCCAAUUGAUGAUGCGGAGGAUUUUGAGUUAUCGGAUUUGCAACCGACAAUAGGUGAUGAACGUCCUGCACUUUACCAGAGCGCAGAGUCAUCUUACGACACACUAUGGGCCAUAUACGAUGGAGCGUUCCGAGGGUGA